GGUUGCAUGGUACAUGCUGUGUAGCCAGUGUUCUUCUGUGCUUUCGCUUAUUUUCCAGCUGCCCAUGUGAGUUACCUGGUGUUCAAAGAGCUUUCGGAGCGGAGGUGUGUGUCUCAUCCUCAGUAAGCUCUGUGGCGGGCGUUAACCCGGCCUGAGUGUGUGAUAAGCGGGACUCCUCGCGGAAGACUUGUGAGCCAACGGCUAGCUACUUUUAGCUAUUUAAGCCAAGCUGGUUAAUGUAACAUUAGCUUUUAACCUUACCAACCACGGUUAGUAAGACAAUUAGUUAAAUAGUUAGGCCGUUGCUGUUCAGUUAGUUGACUGAGGAAACACUGUACUCCGAAACUAGUCCUACACCCGGGUCACCUACCAGCCAGGAGAGAGCCUGGUGCAACUGGUGACCGUCCUUGUCGGCGGGGUGUGUGUCUGCUGUACUAACUGACUCUGUGAGUGGACGGUGACUACAUGAGGCAGAGGACUGACAUGACUCCGCAGGUGUAGCUGGACUUUCAGUUGAGUUCAUGGUCGUGUGUUCACUGGUAAGAAUGAGUCGCCGCUCCGUGGUGGACCUGGUGUGGCUCGGGAGCAGAGCUGUCACCCUGUUGCAUGGACGCUUACCUCGGCCCCUCCACACCUCCUCCCAACCGAGAGCCGGAUUCAAACCGGAAAAGGUCGCAGUGGUUACAAAGACUACGAGAUAUGAGUUCGAGCAGCAGAGGUAUCGCUAUGCAGGGCUGUCAGAGGAGGACUUAAAACAGCUGCUCGCCAUGAAGGGCUCCAGCUACAGCGGCCUGCUGGAGAGACACAACAUCCACACCAACAAUGUGGAACAUGUGGUGAAGUGCCUGCGGAGAGAAGGCAUAGAUGUACGAGUGGUCAAGAGAGGAGAGUAUGAUGAAGAGGUGGUGCGAUGGGCAGAUGCCAUUAUCUCUGCUGGAGGUGAUGGGACAAUGCUACUUGUUGCCAGUAAGGUUUUAAGCAAGGACAAACCAGUUAUUGGAGUAAACACUGACCCUGAGAGGUCAGAAGGUCAUCUGUGUCUACCUGUUCGCUACACUCGAGCCUUCCCAGAGGCACUGGAGAAACUCUGCCGUGGUGAGUUCAGGUGGCUUUGGCGUCAGAGGAUCCGUCUGCAUUUGGAGGGCACAGGGAUCAAUCCCACUCCGGUGGACCUGCACGAGCAGCAGCUGAGCCUGGAGCAGCACAGCCAGGCCCACCGCAUCACCACCAUGGACAUCCAGCGGAGGACCGGGACUCUACACGAUAGCUUCUCCAAGACCAGUCUGCUCCCCAUCAGGAGUCUGAACGAGAUCUUCAUUGGAGAGUCUCUGUCCUCCAGGGUGAAGUUAAACUCCUUCAAACACCAUGUUAACCUCUUGCUCCAUAGGGCCUCAUACUAUGAGAUCUCUGUGGACGACGGCCCUUGGGAAAAGCAGAAGAGUUCAGGACUCAGCAUCUGUACAGGAACCGGAUCCAAAGCCUGGUCGUACAACAUCAACAAACUGUCUGAGCAGUCUGUGGAGGAGGUUUUAAAAAUCGGGAAAUCUCUGACAGGUCUUGAAAUCCCACUUCAUCCAGACUUUAUUGAAAAGGUUACUGAUGGAUACAACGAGUCUCUGGUGUUCGGGCCGGAUGACCGACGCUUGUUCUACAGCAUCAGGGAGCCCAUCGUCAACAGAGUGUUCUCCAGCAGCCGCCAGAGAGGCUUCGCCAGCAAGGUGUGUGUCCGCUCUCGCUGUUGGGAUGCCUGCAUGGUGGUCGACGGUGGGACAUCGUUUGAGUUCAACGACGGCGCCAUCGCUACGAUCAGCAUGAGCGAGGAGGACCAGCUCCGGACGGUGGUUCUGGAGGACUGAGACGAGUCUGGAGCACCUGACUGGUUUCUCUCUGCCAACAGAGUUCAAAGGGACAAGGUCAAAGGGAAGAACCAGGUUUUAGCUUCUAGCCUCUACAGGUGUUGAAUAUUUUUAUACCUGAUAAAGGUAUCAACGUUAUUAUUGUUCUAUUACGUGUGUGAAUUUUUCCAGAUCAGAUACUCUCACAGGCUGUAGCCCCCCAGGUUAUGAAGACUGUGAUCCACUUUAUAGACAUGAACUGAUCCAGAUCAGCAGUCUGAGCUGAGAAGGGUCAGGGAGAAACUGAGCGACUGUUCAAUGUGUCUCUCUGUCGCAGUGGACUCAGGUCAGAGCAGUGACUUCAGUCAUUCAUGAUGAUGAUGAUGAUGAUGAUGAUGAUCAGACAUAACAGGACAGAGGGUUGUGAUUUACCUUCACACCUGUGUAACCUCUGAUUAUUGGCCUUUAAAGGAUAAAACGGAAGUUAUAUUGUAUUUAAAUUUUUUAAUUGUCAGCAAAUCUCACUCAAUCCUGACUUCUCUGCUCUGUCUGUGGCUCUCAGCCUCAAACCCACUGUUUCCUACUGAGGACGUAAGUCUUGAAUAUCUCAGUCAUUUCCUCAAACAGCUGAUCAGAGCCACAGGAUUCAUGAUUUCACGUUGUCAUUCUCGUGAACGUGGUGUCUCAGUAACGGCUUGAGGGAUUUUCUUCAAAUUUGGCACAAACAUUCACUUGGAUUCAGGGAUGAACUGAGUAGAUUUUAGUGGUCAAAGA